AUGCACACCUCAGCUGAUAAAAUCGAACAGACCAUCUCGAUCCAGCAUGGCCCUCCAUACGGGUCGCCGAUGGCCGUCGUAGGCGGGGUGCCGACACUGAGGACCGAUAUACCCAUCGCAGCGGUCCUUCUCGCGCUCUUCGUGACCUCCGCAGCAGCACACAUGACAGUCCUCCAGCUGAACAAGCGGGCUGGGCUGAAGUUCCUCUUCUCAGGCAUGCUGUUUGUGAUGAGCGUGCUGCGCACAGUAGCACUAUCCAUGCGGAUCGUGUGGGCGACGCACCCGCACACGGCCAACAUUGCCGUCGCCUCGGGCAUUCUGACGCAGACUGGCAGCGUGCUUAUUUUCAUUAUCAACCUGAUCCUCUCGCAGCGCAUCGUGCGUGCCUACCACCCUAAGUUUGGCUGGCACCCCAUCACCAGCAUUGCCUUCUACUUCCUGAUCGGCUGCGUCGUCGGGUCACUAGUCAUGGUGAUCGUCGUGACGGUGCAGAGCGUGCUGACGCUGGACUCGGGGUUGCGCCAGUCCGACCGCAUCGUACAGCUGUUUGCAGGCACGUACAUGGCCGUGCUGGCCUUCCUACCGCUCCCCAUUGUCGUCAUCGCAGUUCUGUACCCACACAAAUCGCACGUAGAGAAGUUCGGUGCCGGCCGCUGGCGGACCAAGGUGUGUCUCCUUUUGUUCGCGGCAGCCGUGGCGACGCUCGGCGCCAGUUUCAGGAUCGCUACGGCCUACGCCGCGCGGCCAGUUAACCAUCCUGCGUGGUAUCAUAGCCGCGUAUGUUACUACUGCUUUAACUUCGUCACGGACCUGAUUGUGUCCGUGGUAUACCUGUUCUCGCGCUUCGACAGGCGGUUCAUUGUGCCGAACGGGGCCAAGGGACCGGGAGACUACAGCAAGGGAUUGCGGGACCGACCUCGCUCAGCUCACUCAAAUGCCGACGAGGAAGGUAACGUGACGGAUCCCGAGAAGCUCUCCAGCGCCAGAGAUAGCAGUAAUGAAACCGGCAGUGAGAAAACGCACCUCCCUAUUGGUGAUGGUGAUGACGAGAAGCGCGUGGACAAAGGAAAGGGCAAAGAAGUCAAUGUCGAAGGGGAUGAGAAACACCGUGUCUCUGAAUCUUCUGGGUCUACUCCAGAAGAAGUAACCCCCAAAUUUACCGACAGCCAAACCCAGACGUAUAGUCCACACAGACCCUGGAACGCCGUGUCCUGGCCUUUCCGGGCGUCGUGGACGACGCCGCGCCUCUUCGGACCAGUACCAACGCCAGCGCCAGCACCAGUAUCAGAGCCAGAGCCAGAGGCCUCAUCUGCAAAGCGGUCUAACGCAGGCGGCAGCAUAAAGACCGAUUUAUCGACCACGGAGACCGCCAAAGGACUCUCGCACACAGGUAGCAGUAGAAGCAUCGGUGCAGAGACAAGCAGCACAUACAUCCAGGAGCCCGAGCUCGAGCCCGAGCCCGAGCCUAUCCGAUUCCGAACCUUCGUGCAACGCCAUCAUCAUCACCACCCUCAGCAUCGUCAGAAUCAGAUCCAUCAUCAUCAUCAGCAGCAGCAGCAUCAACAUUAUAAUGAAAGACCACCGCAUCACAGCAAUAACAACCCAUAUCUACAGAACAACCAGUCGUAUGUUUUCGGGCAGGCCCUAACAUCCGACGCUGAGAUCCACAGAUCUCCAGACGCCGACGUCUGGCCCUCCAUGAGUGAGACACAUUACCUCUACCCCCUGCAUACCGUGACAUACACCACCACACCCGGAGGCCCAGGCCCCCAUCGCAGCAACAGCGCCGCUGCAUCCAUUUCCUAUGCUGGCAGCAGUCGGACGCCCGACCACGCCAGCCACCCUAUCGGCAGGAGUCGGAGCUGUUAUGUAGACCGAGAGAGGAGAAUGGAGGGUGAGGAAGACGGUGGCUGGAUAUAA